AUGAAUUUUGGCCCGGAGGGCUCUCUGACGAACACUGGCCGGAGAGAUGGCUAUUAUGUCAACGCGGCCUCUUUCCAAGGAUUUGAACCCGACGGGACUUCAGGCGUCAGUGUCGCACCCGCUGGCGAUGUGGACGGGGAUGGCAUGGAUGAUAUUUUGAUCGGGGCGCCAGGUGUAAAACAAGCAUACGUUCUCUUCGGUUCCUCGGGCUACGCUGCGUUUCGACGGCAGCUCACCAUGGGUAAUUUGAACGGUUUUGAUGGGUUCAAGAUGUACGGUGAGCAUGCUGGCGACUGCGCCGGGUACGAUGUCGCCGCAGCUGGAGAUUUCAAUAACGAUGGUGUCGACGACUUGGUUGUUUCUGCUAUGCUUUCAAACGCGGGGGAGGUGGACGGAGGAAACACAUAUGUCAUCUUUGGAUCCCAAUUUGAUGCCAAGCUGGACAUGAUACCGAAGAAAAAACCGGAUGGGACCUACGGCGCAGCCAUCAUCGCGGAUUGUGACAUUGAGGUCGUCUCAAGUGCGGGGGAUUUCAAUGACGAUGGUUUCGAGGACAUGGCACUCGCUUGUCCAUCGAACGCCGACGGAUCGGGCACGGUUUUUAUCGUAUUUGGUGGCGACGCUAUCAAAGCAUCUACCGAACUGUCAGAUUUG